GCAUCCAGUCAUGGAGCAGGUUGGAGACUGCGAGUCCGGCAUGCGCGGUACAGAUUGUGCGUUUAAUGCUGCCCAAUAUUUCGGAGUCACCGCGGUCAUCUGGAUUUUGACCGCUUUGCCGCUCCUGGCGUGGGCGACGCCUUGCCUUCGCAGGCAGUGGUCCGCAAGCAAGGCCGCACGAGUCAGCCUACUGCUUGUUGCCGCCUCAGCCUUCUGCUGCUUCGUUGACGGCGUGCUCGCUUCCACGACAGUGAACUACGGCAACCAGACUUUGUGGACCCUCGGCAGUAUCUGUCUCGUCUUCGGCAUCUGCUCUUUCGCGACCACUUGGUGCGACGUUGCCUCUGCCCUGACCGGCUUGCACGCACUCGACCCGGGCUGGGGACGUUUGGUCAGCCGCGUGCGCCUGACCUACAAGUGGAUGGCAGCGCUGCACGUCCCAUUCGCUCUGGUGUUCUCGGUCCACGACUACCGCAGCCUCGUGUCGGAGGAGGCGUUCGAAAUUCUAAAG